GUGACAAAUAUAGUAUAAACCUUUAUUAUAUUAAACAAAUUAUUUAAGUUUUUUGAAUAAUUCAAAGCAAAGACUUUCAUUAUUAUUGUUUUUGGAACGUUUUCUUGUGACUGAUCCGACACAAGCAAAGCAACUAGAGGUAGUGGAAAAGAUUAGUGUUCAAGAAUGAGCAUUGUUGUUGAAGUUGUGGUGGCUCUUGGAGCAGUUUUGGUUGUAUUCAUCCAUUUCCUACAUGUUUUGGUUUUGAGACCAAAAUCACUGAGGGCAAAGCUUCACAGGCAAGGGAUUCAUGGACCUUCUCCUCACUUCUACUUCGGUAACAUCCCACAAAUCAAGUCCCUUUUACUCCAACAACAAACACAAGUCAAACAACAACAAGAUGAACAUGUUCCUGUUUCUGUUUCAAUAUCUCAUAGCUGGACUUCAAAUCUGUUCCCUCAUAUGCACAAGUGGACAAAUCAAUAUGGUCCAACAUAUUUGUUUUCUUCUGGGAGUAUACAAUGGUUAAUGGUGGCAGAUAUGGAGAUGGUGAAAGAAAUCCUCUUAACCACCUCUUUGAAUCUAGGGAAGCCUUCUUAUCUUUCCAAAGAUAUGGGUCCACUCCUAGGCCAAGGUAUAUUAUCAUCGAGUGGACCGAUUUGGGCUCAUCAGAGGAAGAUAAUCGCGCCCGAGUUCUACCUAGACAAAGUGAAAGCAAUGGUUGAUCAAAUAGUUGACUCGACAAACAUAAUGCUGAGAUCUUGGGAGAGUAGAAUAGAACGAGAUGGAGUAGUUUCCGAGAUUAAAAUUGAUGAAGAUCUGCGAAGCUUGUCGGCCGACAUAAUUUCUAAGGCUUGUUUUGGGAGCAAUUAUGCACAAGGAAAGGAAAUAUUCACAAAGCUUAGAGAUCUUCAAGGACUCCUCUCUAAGAUAUCUGUUGGAAUUCCGGGCUUUAGAUAUUUUCCAAACAAGAGCAAUAGACAGAUAUGGAGAUUAGAGAAAGAGAUCAACUCAAACAUAUCAAAGCUCAUAAAACAGCGCCAAGAGGAAGGUCGUGAGCAAGAUCUCUUGCAAAUGAUACUCGAGGGUGCAAAGAAUUGUGAUGACCUCUUAUCAAACUCAAUCUCACAAGACAGGUUCAUUAUAGAUAACUGCAAAACUAUAUUCUUUGCUGGACACGAAACUACCGCAACUACUGCAUCUUGGUGCUUAAUGUUGUUAGCUACAUACCAAGAUUGGCAAGAUCGUGCUCGUGCAGAGGUACUUGAAGUUUGCGGAAAUGGUAAUCUAGAUGCAAGUAUGCUUAAAAGCAUGAAAACGUUAACUAUGGUGAUUCAAGAAACAUUGAGACUUUAUUGUCCGGCAGUAUUUCUUACCAGAACAGCUUUGCAAGAUGUUAAGAUAAAAGGUAUCAAAGUUCCGAAAGGAAUGAACAUGCAAAUUCCAAUCUCGAUAUUGCUACAGGACAUUGAUAUCUGGGGGCCUAAUGCGCGGGAGUUCAAUCCAGAUAGAUUUGCGAAUGGCGUGCUUGGAUCCUGCAAGAUUCCACAAGCUUAUAUGCCAUUUGGAAUCGGCGCCCGUGUCUGUCCGGGACAGCAUUUGGCAAUGAUAGAAUUGAAGGUGGUUUUGUCUCUCAUUCUGUUGAAGUUUCGGUUCUCAAUUUCGUCAAGUUACUGUCAUUCGCCGGCCUUUCGGUUGGUUAUAGAACCUGGUCAGGGAGUUGUACUCAACAUGACAAAAAUUUGACCAAGCAACAAAUGUAACUAAAAUGACUCUUCCCUUAUUCAUUGGGUUCCUUUUCCAUUGUUCUUGUGAAGGUUGUCUGUUAUUAUAGUAGCAAGACAAAUAGUAUUCUUUCAAAUGGUUAAUGAGAAUAUGUGCAGUGUUAUUUCUACCUUAGGAUCUUUUCUUGAUUAUAGAAUGGAAAAAGAGUAGAGGACAAUAUGUUGAGAAUGAGAUGAGUGAGGAAGGAACAAUUUGAUAAGUUCUUGGUUUCAUAGGUUAUCGCUUUAGAGUAAGUUGCAUCUAGGUUCAAAAAACAUUUGAGGAUGUAAACAUUUGGUUAUGGAUAAUAAAAAUUUGGAAAAAUAGUAGAUCUUCCACCAGGAACCAAUAGUUUGUAAAAGAUCUUUAAAAUAAAAAUUAAAGUUAAUGUCACCAUUGAUAAAUUCAA